UUAUCCUUCAUCUCUGCCUCGUGUGAAAUUAGUAGGAGUUUGCAUUGUAACAUGAAGUGUACGGCAGCUAUUCGUAUGCUUGCUUAUGGCUGCGCGGCGGACGCCACAGACGAAUAUCUCCGACUUGGUGAAAGCACAGCACUUUCGUGUUUAACUAAUUUUACAGAAAGCGUAAUACAAUUAUUUGGAGAAGAAUAUCUACGCAGACCCACUACAGAAGAUCUUCAACGACUACUCGACAUUGGAGAAAUACGUGGCUUUCCUGGAAUGGUUGGAAGCAUCGAUUGUAUGCAUUGGGAGUGGAAAAAUUGCCCAACUGCUUGGAAAGGACAGUACACACGUGGAUCAGGAAAGCCGACAAUUGUCUUGGAGGCUGUCGCUUCACAAGAUCUUUGGAUAUGGCAUGCUUUUUUUGGUCCACCAGGUACCUUAAACGAUAUUAACGUCCUCGAUCGGUCACCUAUUUUUGAUGACAUUUUACAAGGUCGAGCUCCAAGGGUACAAUACGUGGUCAACGGACACCAAUAUGAUAUGGCGUACUACCUCACUGACGGUAUAUAUCCAAAAUGGUCAACAUUUAUCCAAUCUAUCUCACUUCCUCAAGGUCCUAAAGCAGAGUUAUUUGCUAAAGUUCAAGAAUCAACCCGAAAAGAUGUGGAGCGGGCUUUUGGAGUAUUGCAAUCUCGAUUUGCAAUAGUGAAAAACCCGGCUAUUUUGUGGGACAAGAAACAGAUAGGGAUGGUUAUGCGAACAUGUAUCAUACUUCACAAUAUGAUAGUAGAAAAUGAACGCAAUGGAUACACUCAGUAUGAUACAUCUGAAUUUGAAGAAGGAACCUCGACCAGAAGUUCGAAUGUGGAUGCACCCAAUACUUCCGAGAUGCCUCCAAGUCUCGCUAAUAUGCUUCUUAUACGGACUCAUCUUCGUGAUAGGCAGUUACAUGAACGAUUGAAAAAUGAUUUGGUAGAAAAUAUUUGGAACAAGUUUGGUAAUGAUGAAGAUGAAUAAUUAUUGUAUGUUUGCAUUUAAUCAUUCAAUAAAUGAAUUUUCAAUUU